UGAAACACCGUUUUCUAACUUCAACUAACAUACGUACAAACAUGUUUCAGACAUAACACAUUUUUCAUGGCUAACUAUUGUCAUCCUCAUAUCUGCCAAUGUCUGAGUCGCUUGCUUGGCUUCCGGCGACAUUUUCCGGUCACUGUCACCGGAAACCGACGUAAAACUGGCCAACAGUUGGUUGAGGAAGUGUUGUCUUUGGCCCAAGGCCUACUCCACCUUGGACUCUCACCUGGUCACGUGGUUGCCAUCUCUGCUUACAAUAGUGAUAGGUAUCUGGAAUGGCUAUUAGCCGUUGCAUUUGUUGGAGGAAUAGCUGCUCCUCUGAACUAUAGAUGGAGUUUUGAAGAGGCAAGAUUAGCUUUGGCUGCAGUGAAGCCAGUGUUACUAGUGACUGACGAGAGCAGUUCCACAUGGUACUCAAAACUCCAGCAAAAUGAUAUUCCAUCUCUGAAGUGGCAUAUUUUGUUGGAUUCCGCUUCUUUAGAUUUUACAAAGUGGAAUGUGUUAACUCCAGAAAUGAUUAAGAGGCAUCCUGUAAAGGUUGAACCAUUUGACUACUCAUGGGCACCUGAAGGCACUGUCAUAAUAUGCUUUACUUCAGGAACUACGGGAAAGCCUAAGGGAGUCACUCUAAGUCAUGGAGCUUUGAUCAUACAAUCCUUAGCCAAGAUUGCCAUAGUUGGCUACAAUGAGGAUGAUGUCUAUCUGCAUACUGCUCCGUUAUGCCAUAUUGGUGGCUUGUCAUCGGCCAUGACCAUGCUUAUGGUUGGAGGUUGUCAUGUCCUGAUGCCAAAGUUUGAUGCAGAAUCAGCUGUUGGUGCCAUAGAGCAAUAUGCAGUGACAUCUUUUAUCACAGUUCCUGCAAUAAUGGCCAGUCUGAUUUCUGUAAUUAGGCCCAAAGAGAUUUGGAAAGGAGGUGAAACUGUCAAGAAAAUACUUAAUGGGGGUGGAAGCCUCUCACAUGAGCUCAUCAAGGACAGUAGCAUAUUCUUUCACAAAGCUAAGCUUAUUUCAGCUUAUGGAAUGACAGAGACCUGCUCUUCAUUGACAUUCCUGGUGCUGUAUGAUCCAGUGGAUGAAAAGACAACCAUGUCCCUUCAAACAUUUGGUGUGGCAGGAUCCAAGUUUAUUCAGCAGCCACAAGGUGUCUGUGUUGGCAAGCCUGCACCCCAUGUAGAACUGAAGAUAAGUGCAGAUGCUUCUGGUCUAAUUGGAAGAAUUCUAACAAGAGGACCACAUAUAAUGCUUAGGUAUUGGGAAACUCACACAAAUCCAGUAAGCCCGAACAAUGAAGUCUGGCUUGACACGGGUGAUAUUGGAUCAAUUGAUCAUUAUGGUAACUUGUGGCUUCUUGGUCGAACAAAUGGUCGAAUCAAGAGUGGUGGGGAGAACAUUUACCCUGAAGAGGUUGAGGCAAUUCUACUACAGCAUCCAGGGAUUACAAAUGUUGUUGUUGUGGGAAUCCCAGAUGCUCACCUAACAGAGAUGGUAGCAGCAUGUAUCCAACUUAGAGAAAAUUGGCAAUGGUCAGAGCAAUUGACUGUUUCAGAUGAAGAGUUUAACCUAUCCAGAAAGAAUCUCCAGCUAUAUUGUAUAGAAAAUCAUUUAAGCAGGUUUAAGAUACCAAAAAUGUUCAUUUCAUGGAAAAAGCCAUUUCCACUGACUACAACAGGGAAAAUAAGAAGAGAUCAAGUCAGAAAGGAAGUUAUGUCUCAGCUACAAUCUUUACAUAGUAAUCUUUGAACAUAUCAUGCCUCCAAUACCCCUUAAACCACCCCAUGCUUCUGAUGAGAAUUUUGACCAAUCCAUUCAAUUCACUCAUCAACUUAAGUACAAUUUUGUAUCUCUUUUAUUGUUGUAUCACACAUUCUUACUCUUGGAAAUCCAAGUGAG